UGAAGACACCAGUCUGGUGAAAUUCUCGCUUCCAGACAGACUCUGACAACAAACAGAAGAAUCCAGAAGUAAAAAACAAGGUGAUAUACACAAUGGCCUCCUCGCACUCCUCCAGUUUUAAAUGCUCUAUUUGUCUUGAUGGCUUCACUGACCCUGUCUCCACUCCCUGUGGACACAACUUUUGUAAAGUCUGCAUAAACACUUACUGGGAUUCAACAAACGUCACCCAGUGUCCACUCUGUCAACAUAACUACCAGAAAAGACCGAAAUUAAGAGUCAAUGUCAUGUUCAGAGAUCUCAUUGAGCAAAAGCAGACAAACAUCCAGAACGUCCCAGAGGAAAGAGCCCAAACACAAGAUAUUUUGUGUGACAUGUGUCCUGGAGAGAAGACAGUAAAGGCAGUCAAGUCCUGUCUGUACUGCGAAGAAUCUCUCUGCUCUGAACACCUGAAACCUCACCAGGAUGACGCUGACCUAAAGACUCAUGAGCUGCUGGAUCCUGUCAGCAGACUGAAGGACAGGGUGUGCAAGCAGCACAAAAGUCCUUUGGAACUGGUUUGCCAUCCUGACCUGACAUGUGUGUGUGUGUUGUGCAUCAAAUCAAACCACCAAAACCAUCAGUGUGUCCCUUUGAAAAACCGCCUGAGAAAAAGGAAGGCCAAGGUUGAUGAGGAAUUAGCAGAGGUGCAGCAGGAGAUCAAGGAGAGGAAAAAGAUGGUUGAAAAGCUUGAAGAGUCAGGAGAAAUCAGUGAGAAAAACAAAAGGACAGACAUGGGAGACGUCCAGAGGAUCUUCAAUCACUUCGAACAACUGGUGAAGAUAAACAAGUCAGGACUUGUGGCUGCGCUCGACUUGCUGCGCAAAAAAGCUGAAAAUCGCAGAGAGUCUAUGACAGAGAAGCUUCAAGAGGAAAUGAGUGACCUGGAGGAAAGACAAAAUGAGCUGGAGCAGCUCUCUCAAAUGGAUGAUGACCUCCGUCUUCUACAGAGUUUACACUCUCUGAGUGACCCACCCAAAACAGAAGACUGGUCUGAGAUCAGUGUCUACAGUGAUUCAGCAGUGGGGACUGUGCGAAGCGCUGUCACUAAGUUGCUAAGAGAACUUUGCAAUGAGUCGACUAGUGAAGGGAAAGGACUGAUUGCAAAAGAGAUAAGUAGAAUUCAGGGAUAUGCAGUGGAUGUAACUUUGGACUCCAACACUGCAAACCGUGUCCUGGUUGUGUCCAAAGAUGGGAAACAAGUGAGAUAUGGAGAAGCUCCUCAGAACCUGCCAGAAAUCCCAGAGAGGUUUGAGCCUCUCCUUGGUGUUCUGGGAAAAGAAGGCUAUUCCUCUGGUGCCUUCUACUUUGAGGUGCAAGUGGAAGGCAAGUCUGCGUGGGACAUUGGGGUUGCCUUGGAAACAGUUGACAGGAAACACCAAACCGAUGUGCGUCUGAGCAAUGGCUACGUUGUCCUGAUGCUGAGGAGCGAGACGAAAAUAAUAGCUUGUGACCGCCCCCCAGUGGAGAUUAAUCUCCCAAAGACACCAGAGAAGGUCGGAGUGUUUAUAGACCAUGAGGAGGGAGAGGUCUGUUUUUAUGAUAUUGGGAGUAAGGCCCAUAUCUACUCCUUUACCUGUUGCAGGUUUCCCAAGAAGAAGUUACACCCGUACUUAAACCCCUGCACCGAACGUGAGGGCAAUAACUCAGCUCCAAUGGUUAUCACUCCUGUUAAUUAACAGGCUGUUUCCCUCUGGGGAAUUAAUUUGCCUCAGAUCAAGAUCUUGUUAAUGUACAUUAGGCAGCAGUUUGUGUUGUUGGAUGAAUCACUUUGUUAUAAAUAGAAUUAAAUGAUUGAUCAUGUA